GCGUAUAACAAUGAGUGAAUUGAAUACAUAUUGAAUAACAAACAAUACAAAUGCAUUUCAACUAUUUACAGCAAAAUCGGCUUAGAAGUUUUUUAAUUUCAUUCAAAGUUUUCAAUUACAAAAACCAACAACUAAAAACAAAAAUGCACUCAAUUUGCCUGCUGCUGCUAGUCAUCUGCCUUGGUGCGAGCUGCCACGCGAUACGCGUCGACUGGGGCACAAACACUGGCCCGAUUGUGCCACCGCCGCCGCGCACCACGCCCACGCCGCCACGCCUGCCAUACCGCGAGCCAGCGCCCGUCUGGGAGGAUCAAAGCGAUGAUAUACCAAACCCGCAGCCAUAUGUUUAUGUGCUGCCGCCUCCUUCACGUCCACGCACUUGGAUCAUACCCGCCGGACCCUAUGCGCCGCCCAACUACAACAAUCUGCCGCCCAAGCGCGGCAACUAUGGCCAACUCUUGACUCCGUACAGCACGCCAGCUGAUGCGGUAGAGGGAACUGUCGCAGUGCCUGGACUGGCGGCACAGUAUGUGCCUGGAGUGGGCAUCAAGUAUACGGCGAUUGUGCCCAGCAAGCAACAGGGCAAAUACAAUGCAAAGACCAAGAAAUACAAGGCCUACGAGAAGGCCAAAUAUGCGCCAUGGAACUAUUUGCAGCUGCUGCCGGUGGAGGAGAAGCCGAUGGAUUGGCAAGCGCCAGAGGAGUUGCCACCACAGUCACUCAGCUCCUCCACAACAACAGCAGAGCCCAGCAACAGCAGCAGCAGUCCAACUGUAACCAACUCCGAGACAACAACGUUAGCAACAUCUUCAACGACAACAGCAACUGCAACAUCAACGACAACAACAACAACAACAACGACGACGCCGAAGCCCACAGCAACAGCAAAGCUGGCACACGAGAAGAGCGCCUAUCUGAAGAAGCACAACAAGCUGAAGAAGCUGCUUGAAAAAAUGCAGGCUCAAAACAACUCAGCCCAAACGAUGCUCAGCUCAAGUUGAGCGAGCACAAACACUAAACAAAAAAAAAAAGAUGCGAAAUAAAACUGGGAAAAAUAAGAAAAAAACAACAACAAACACAAAAUUUAAUUUAAGAC